AGUCUCUACAAAAGCUGUUUCUCAACAGGCCCCAAGGGAGAGGGAAAAAACCACCCUGAGAUCAAUAUGGUUCGAUGCUGAGCCAGCUUCUGCCCCUCCUUGUUGUUCUGGUUUGGAGUUGAGAGCAGCGGCAGCAGCGCCGCCCACCCCGCUCCCUCUACACAUCUCCGCUCCUCAUUCUGCUGAGAGCGGGAGCGCAUAACAACAUUACAAGGCUCUGUGUGAAGACGGACUGUGGUUUUGGCAUGAGCUGUUACGGGAAUCCCCUGCAAGCCUUUUCCUUCUUGCUCGAGACGCUGAAAACGUGAUAAGAAGAAGGACGCUGCAGCAUCAGAGAGAGGACUUUUAAAAACAAAGAACAAUAUAAACUCUCCGGAGCCCCUUAUAUUGGAAAAAACUCCCCGUGCAUACCCUGCAUAUCUGUCCAUCACCGGGCUCAGGAGACGCUGAUAGGAGAACGAGACAGACGGAAAGAAAGAAAGGAAGAGAAGUUGCUUUGGAGAACAAGAACAAGCUUCCAGAGACAGAGGGGGAGCUUGGGUGUGGGGGAAGAGGAUGGACGCCCUGAUUCCUGUGCUGAAGAGUCGACCCGGCCUCUCAGCGCUGGGAUUCUCUCUGCUUUUCAGGGUGGUCCACACGUUGGUCCAAAGGCUACCUGUGCCCAAAAUAGUGAAACAGAAUGAAGACCACUUGUGGAAGUGGAGGAGCCUCUCUGUCUCCAUGGUGCACUCAUGGUUGACUGGAAUAUGGGCCUUGACCUGUGCAUUGGGUUGGCCCGAGACGUUGAAAGACCUCCACUCCUUCCACACACCUCUGUCCUACCUGCUCAUCUGCGUCUCAACAGGAUACUUUGUGCAUGAUGCAAGUGAUAUCAUCCUGUCAGGACAUGGAAGAGGAUCAUGGGAAUUCUUACUCCAUCAUGUACUGGUAAUCUCCUCAUUCCUGUAUGCCCUCUACACCCAGCUGUACGUGGCCGGGGCUGUGAUUGCUCUCUUCGUAGAAGUCAACAGCAUCACUUUGCACCUGAGGCUGAUGCUGAAGCUGGCAGGCGCUCAGCACUCCACCUUGUACUACUACAACAAAUGUGUCAACAUUUUCACCUACGUCACCUUUCGUCUGGGUGCCCAGUUCUACCUCACCUGCUACAUCCUUAACAACUACUCCCAGCUGGACCACUGCACUUUUUUCCUUAUCGCUGUCAUGAUGAUGAAUAUUAUGAUGAUGAUUUAUUUCUACCGCCUGCUCCGCGCUGACUUCUCCACAAGAAAGAGCUCGGUGGGACAAAACGGGACAUAUAACAACAAUUCAAAAAAGUUCCUCACUGAUUGAGGUUUACAGAACUCUGUUCAGAUUUUGUUAAUGUUGGGAGUUUACGCAUUUUGUCUGUCUUUAACUGUAAAACUGACACCACUUCUUAUGACAGCAGGUUCCCUUGUUGUAUCUCACUGCCAAAGAUGAACCCCCGAAACAAAACUUGGAUGUACAAGAAGUGGCUUUAACCAUGUGCCUUAGCCUGGAUUGGAUGUUGGAAUAGUCAGAAGAACAGAUGGAAAAGCUAGCCUAAUUGUGGUUUGUUGUGUGUUGAUAAAAAAAAAUCCCCCCCUUGAAAAAUGUUUUGUUCAAAUUCAACAA